GCGGGUGUGGGCGGUGUUUCGGGUCGUGGCGCAUGCGCGGUGUGCGCGCUGUGAUCCGGGAUGUCGUGCCGGCCCCCGCGCAACUUCCGCGCUCGGCGGCGCGCGGCCACGGGCAGCAGCGACAGCGACAGUAACAACAACAACAGCGGUAACAGCGGUAACAGCGACAGCAGCGGUAACAGCGAUAACAGCAGCGAUAACAGCGGUAACAGCGGUAACAGCAGCGGCGAUGAGCAGCGGGGCCGGGGCGCCGUCCCGCCGCUGUGCCGCCACCGCCGUGAGGGAGCGGAGCCCGAGCAGAGCGAGACGGAGCGCGGCGCCGCAUCGUCAUGUGGGGGGGAACCGGAGCGGGGAACCGGGGCCGGGCUGAGCUUCGGGGGAGAACAGGAGGAGAUGGAAGGUGAUGAGGAAUGUUUUAAAAUCAAGAAGCCGUCCUUCAGUGAAAUAACAUUUAGAAUUCAAAAGAAGAAGCGUCUGCCGUCUGCAGAGACAGAAGGUGAUGAAAGCAAAAAAAUACCUCAGUUGGAGCCUGGGACUGGCAACACUAAAGGUGCUCAAGAGACAAAGGAAGAGAGUUAUUCUUCACUAAGUGAGGACGACAACAGCACAGACUCUGGAAAUGAAUCCAGCCCAUCACAGAGGAGGAAGGAUUUAUCACCAGGCUGUGUCCCCAGUGCAGGCUGUAUUGCGGCUGCUCGGAGGAGACGCCACCUAGCCAGGACCCGAGCUGAUUACCUUCCCUUGGAUGUUUCAAAUGAUUGUCAGGUUUCUCAGAGAAGAGAAAGCAGUGAUUUAGAGGAUGAAGAUGAGUCUGAUAGGAAUAAUCUCCGCUUUGUUCCUAAAAUGAGAGCUUUUAGGCAUAGGAUGGCUGAACACAUGGUGCCUGUGAGUGAUGAAUCGAGUGAAGAUGAAGCAGAAACAAAGUGGGAAGAACAGCAAAUUAAGAAAGCUGUCAAACUCCCUCAGGUGAUACAUGAAGCUUACAGUGAUGGUUCCCUGUGUAAAGCUCCACCAGCUAAACCCACGUUUGAUCCCUGUGUUUCCUUACCACCUGUGAACUUGGAAACAAUAAAAAAGCAACUGACUGAAAGGAUAGCAUCAUUGCAGGAUGUGCACCGUGCCCACCAGAGGGAGUAUGAAAAACAUAUGGAGGACAUUGAAAGUUCAAAGAUAACUGUCCAGAAAUUAGAGGAGUCUUCAGAUGCUGCUAUGAAUUACAAAUUCUACAGGGGCAUGAAAACAUAUGUAGAGAACUUAGUAAACUGUUUCAAUGAAAAACUGAAAUACAUAAAUGAGCUAGAAUCUGCUGUACAUGCACUUCUUCAGCAACGAGCCAUGUCAGUACUGAAAAGAAGGCAAGAUGAGCUGAAAAUGGAAGCUACUUAUAUGCAGCAUCUGACAACUGGGAAUGGCAAACCGACUAAUGAUGGCUUGGAAAGUGAUGAAAAGAUGAAGCUUCUGAAAGCGUGUGAGCAUCGAAGGACUUGCAGACGGCAGCUGAGGGAGCGCUCACAAAAAGCUGGUCACCACGAAGGCAUGUCGAGUGAUGAAGAACUGACUCUGCCAGAGUUGACUGAAUUCCAGAAGAGCAAAGAUAACAUUUUAGAGGAGAGUAAGAAAAUCUUUGAAGAUGUCCAUGAAGAUUUUUGUGACAUCAGAAAAAUCCUGUUGAAAUUCCAGGAGUGGAAAGAGAAGUUUCCUGACUCUUACUGUGAUGCUUACAUCAGUUUUUGCCUGCCUAAGCUUUUAAAUCCAUUGAUCAGAGUUCAGUUAAUAAACUGGAGUCCUCUUGAGCGGAAUUCUACAGACUUGGAAGAGAUGCCCUGGUUCAGAGCUGUAGAAGAAUUCAGUGAUGCCAAGAAGUCAAAGAGAGAUGAUGAUCGUGAUGAAGAGGUUUUGUCUAGAGUGAUUGAAAAAACUAUUCUGCCAAAAAUUACAGUAUUUGUAAAGAAUGUGUGGGAUCCUUUAUCAACUUCACAGACUGAGAACAUUAUACAGCUUUGCAAUAAUAUGUUUGAAAAACAAGUCCUGUCCAGAAAUGAAUGCAGCCGAGCAAAACAGGAUUUGAUUAACGCGGUUGUCCUGAGGAUGAAGAAGUCUGUGGAGGAAGAUGUCUUUAUCCCUCUGUAUCCUAAAAGCACUGUGGAAGACAAAUCAUUGCCGUGUUCAGAAUUCCAAGAAAGACGGUUUUGGUCAGCUGUUAAGCUGCUCUCCAAUGUUCUCCUUUGGGAUGGGAUUGUACAGGAAGACACGGUCCGUGAUUUGGGACUGAGCAAGCUGCUGAAUCGGUACCUUCUUCUGAACCUCUUCAACACAGCACCAGGGGCAGAAAACAUAGAGAAGUGUAAAGAGGUGGUUGCGUGCUUCCCACAAAGGUGGUUCCAAAACCUUGGAAAUGGGUCAACUCUCCCUGAGUUACGGAACUUCUGCCAGCAUUUGCUUCAGUGUGCACGUGUGCUUCACAGGAAUAACCGCAGUGAUGAAACUGAAGAAGUUAUUCUCCUGUUGGUGAAAGUCAAGGCUCUGCGAAUUGUGGAAGACUUCAUUGAAGAGUAUAAACUGGAACAUCUUAAGUCUGUGAUCAGGAAAUGAGGAUUUCUUGGAAGCAGCAGUUCUGUUACUGAAACAAGCCUGAUGCUCACUAUAAGAAAGUGGUAAUGAUUAAUUUAAUUACCAACUACAGUUGUUUUACUGUGAAAUAUUUUGGUUUUAUUUUCUUUUUCAAAUGCUGCCAUCUACUGGAUAAAAUCACAGUAAUCAGUGUGAAGUGCAGGUGUUUUGAAAUACAUGACAAAGCCUCGUUGCUUUGUUCUUCAGGGAGUGCCUGUAAUGUUACCACUGCUAGUGAGCAGACAACAUCACAAGCUGUUAUCAGCACCUCACCAAACCACUCUGCCUUAGGGGUCACUGAGCUCUAACUUAUUGCCCACUUAAUGAGACAACUCCACCAAACUCAUGGCGAGAUCUUUUUCACUUAGAAAGCUUGUCGUAGCUUCUUGACCCUGAUGCAGAAGCAGGAAUUCUGCAUGCAGUGAAGAGUUUGAUGUAUGAACAUCUACUGAUGGUAAACAGGUGUUACAGAAGGCAAGAUGUUCUCUUGUGCAACUUCUUAACUACACCUGCUGGAAUUUUGUACUUGAGAUGUAGACUGGACUUUUGCACAGACCUGGAGUUGUCACACGCCCUGACUUACCAGGCAAGCAGCAGAACAACUUCAGUUACCUUCUAGUAAUUGGCUCUCUAAGGAAGUCUUACUUUUGCUUCCCAGUAAGACACAUUAAGCCAUAUUUCACUGUAACCAUGUUGGUUUCCAGUGCUGUAUAACUUUGUAUAUGUACAGUAAAUAUUACUGCUGCAGAGUAAAAAGGAUGUUUUAUUGCAGAAACAGCAGUGCAUCACGAAGUCUGCUAAGUUUGCUAUUGCCUGUUUCUCUGAAAUGUUAUGGGUCUGGCAUUUAACUCUUGCAGGCUUAUUCCCAAUGGUUUUUCUACUUUUUAUUACAGAAUGUUAUUUUUGUAGACUAUUUUAAUUGUAAAUAGCAUUGAUCAGUGUUACAGACAAAAAAUGACUUACUAAAAUAAAAGCAAUUGUUCUGAAAAGUAAAGAUAUUUUUGUGUUAGACUUCUAAUGCUUUCAAGUCUUGAACACACAACAGGAGUGUUAUGUGAAGUAUGGAAAAAUACUUGGGCACUGCUGGCAUUUCAUUAUCUUCAGGAAUUGUAAAAAAUUGUGCACUCUUACUUUCCUGUGUGCAACGAAAAUAUAGCUGAUCAGUAAUUAGCUCAA